AAUCUCGAGUGAUUGUAAGUGUGAUGAUCAUCUGCUAAAUGAGCAACAACGACCACAAUUCACUCCUUCAGUCAGUGAAGCUCCCACAGCCGUUCAUGAGAGUUUAAAUGCUGGGGAAUAUUCCCAUCUUCCCACAGGAGAAGAAGAAGCAAGCAGGAGGAAUUACUCCAGGAGAAACUACGGACAUACUAUUGUAAAGAUGGAGAUAAAGGAAGAACCCUGCAGAAUAAAAGAUGAAGAUACAGAGGAACAAAUAGGAGAAGAAGCAGCAAGCAGGAGGAAUUACUCCAGGAGAAACUACGGACAUACUAUUGUAAAGAUGGAGAUUAAGGAAGAACCCUGCAGAAUAAAAGAUGAAGAUACAGAGGAACAAAUAGGAGAAGAAGAAGCAAGCAGGAGGAAUUACUCCAGGAGAAACUACGGACAUACUAUUGUAAAGAUGGAGAUUAAGGAAGAACCCUGCAGAAUAAAAGAUGAAGAUACAGAGGAACAAAUAGGAGAAGAAGAAGCAAGCAGGAGGAAUUACUCCAGGAGAAACUACGGACAUACUAUUGUAAAGAUGGAGAUUAAGGAAGAACCCUGCAGAAUAAAAGAUGAAGAUACAGAGGAACAAAUAGAAGAAGCAAGCAGGAGGAAUUACUCCAGGAGAAACUACGGACAUACUAUUGUAAAGAUGGAGAUUAAGGAAGAACCCUGCAGAAUAAAAGAUGAAGAUACAGAGGAACAAAUAGGAGAAGAAGCAAGCAGGAGGAAUUACUCCAGGAGAAACUACGGACAUACUAUUGUAAAGAUGGAGAUUAAGGAAGAACCCUGCAGAAUAAAAGAUGAAGAUACAGAGGAACAAAUAGGAGAAGAAGCAAGCAGGAGGAAUUACUCCAGGAGAAACUACGGACAUACUAUUGUAAAGAUGGAGAUUAAGGAAGAACCCUGCAGAAUAAAAGAUGAAGAUACAGAGCAACAAAUAGAUGGAAAUGCAGUUGUUUCACAGACUGAAGAGAAUUUCAUACAGAAACAAGCUGGAAAAUCUGGAGUCAAAGGAUUUUUCACCUGCUCUGAGUGUGGAAUGUUUUACGUGCACAAAUCAGACCUUAAUAAACACAUGAAAUAUCACACUGGAGAAAAUCUGUUCACAUGCACUCAGUGUGGAAAGAGUUUCACACGUAAAUCAACCCUUAACAGACACAUGAGAGAACACACUGGAGAAAGGCCUUAUACAUGCUCUCAGUGUGGAAAGAGUUUCGUUCAUAAAGGACACCUUAAGAUACACAUGAGAGUUCACACUGGAGAAAAACCGUUCACAUGCUCUCAGUGUGGAAAGAGUUUCAGUCGCAAAGUUCACCUAAAUGGUCACAUGUGGAUUCACACUGGAGAAAGUCCUUAUACAUGCUCUCAGUGUGGAAAGAGUUUCAGUCAAAAAAGAAACCUAGAAGAUCACAUGUGGAUUCACACUGGAGAAAGGCCUUAUACAUGCUCUCAGUGUGGAAAGAGUUUCAGUCAAAAAAGAAACCUAGAAGAUCACAUGAGGAUUCACACUGGAGAAAAACCGUUCUCAUGCACUCAGUGUGGAAUGAGUUCCGCUUACAAAAACAUUCUCAAAGAGCAUCUGCUCUCUCACUCUGGAGGGAAGCCAUUCAGCUGUGAUCAGUGUGAGAAAACAUUUGUUUAUUUAUCUAGCUUAAAAAAACACCUUAAAGUUCACACUGGUGUGAAGCCUCACGUUUGUUCUGUAUGUGAAAAGAGUUUUUCGCGACUGGCGACUUUAAGAGUGCAUGAGAGUAUUCAUACUGGUGUAAGACCUCAUUUGUGCUCUGACUGUGGGAAGGCCUUUAUUACAUCAGGUGCAUUAAAACAACACCAAAGAAUUCACACUGGAGAGAAACCGCAGUGCUCUUCAUGUGGGAAGAGUUUCACCCAAUUAUCUACACUACAGAAACAUAAGAAAAAGCAUUGCCCGAAGGUGUCUAAGUGA